AUGUUUUACCAUAUAAAGUUAGAACAUGAAAUAUUAUUACAUCCAAAAUAUUUUGGACCGAAUCUAACAGAAACAGUGAAAACCAAGUUGUUUUCGGACGUCGAAGGAACUUGCUCCGGGAAGUACGGCUUUAUCAUCGCUGUUACGAAUAUAGAGCAUAUUGGUGCUGGUAUAAUACAGCCAAAUAGAGGAUUCGUGCAAUACCGUAUAGUAUAUCGUGCCAUCGUCUACCGGCCGUUCAAGGGCGAGGUCGUAGAUGCUAUCGUUACCCAGGUUACUAAGGUUGGUGUGUUUGCGGAAGCUGGCCCUCUCACUAUUUUUAUUUCUAAAUAUUCUGUCCCUUCCAAUAUUAAAUUUGAAGGUGCUGAGACCACUACCGACGGUCUCAACGAUGAAGAUGAAGAAGAGACCCAAACAGUACAGAUUGAAGAUCGUAUUAGAAUCCGCAUAAUUGGUCUCAGAGUUGACGCCAGUGAUAUUUUCGCCGUUGGCACUCUAAUGGAUGAUUAUCUUGGUCCAUGCACCUAG